AAUUGCUAACAUAUUACUUAUUACAAGGUGCAAGCAAUAACGGUUUCUCGCCGUUAUCAAUUAGUCAUUAUCCAAAACUCCUUCUUUAACGUCGCCUAGUUGCCCCGCGUCUUUUAACAUCUUCAAAGUACUUGGUAGCUCUUUUUUGCGACCAGACGUCAGGCGCCUAUAUGAAGUGAAUUUACGUCGGCAGCCCUGUUUAUAGGUUAUUGGAGACUAUUAGACUUGCAAGACGAACAGGGAAAAUGAAACAGAGAUUUUCCUCAUUAGAUGUCAAGGCCAUCUCUCACGAACUAUCCAAAAGCCUUGUAUCGCUUCGGGUCUAUAACAUCUAUGACCUAUCUUCCAAAAUCCUGCUCUUCAAGCUUGCAAAACCCGGAGUCAAGAAGCAACUCCUUCUAGAUUCCGGCUUCCGAUGCCAUCUUACCGAGUUUGCGCGAACAGCUGCUCCUCGUCCCUCCGUUUUUGUCCAGAAGCUGCGCAAAGUCUUGAAUACCCGACGAAUCACAUCCGUAUCGCAAAUCGGUACCGAUCGCAUUAUCGAGUUUCAGUUUAGUGAUGGUCAAUAUAGACUAUACCUAGAGUUCUUUGCCGGUGGUAACGUUAUCUUGACCGACAGUGAUCUCAAGAUUUUGACCUUAUUACGAAAUGUUCCCGAGGGAGAAGGUCAGGAGCCCCAACGUGUAGGCCUCACGUAUUCCCUAGAAAAUAGGCAGAACUAUGGCGGAGUGCCGGCCCUGACAAAGGAGCGUGUACGAACCGCGCUCCAGACUACUGUACAAAAGGCUACUGCCUCAAGUGCCGCGGGCAAGAAAAUAAAGAGGAAACCAGGUGAUGAGUUGAGAAGAGGGCUUGCUACAACCAUCACAGAACUACCUCCGAUAUUAGUUGACCAUGCGAUGAAGGUUACGGGGUUCGAUUCAAGCUUGCAGCCAUCUACGAUAUUGGAAAGUGAAGAUCUCCUCAAUGAAUUAGUACGGUCGCUUGAAGAAGCCCUUAAGAUCGUCCACGAGGUGACUAGUUCCGACACCUGUAAAGGUUAUAUCUUAGCCAAGACGAAAUCCGACGUUGAUAAUAAGUCAUCGGGAGAAGCAGAUGAAGGCCAGCAGCAAAAAGGAGGCUUAAUAUACGACGAUUUCCACCCCUUUCUACCUCGCCAGUUUGCAGAUAAUCCAGCAUAUACAGCACUUACUUUCGAAAAUUUCAACAUGAUGGUAGACGAGUUCUUCUCUUCAGUAGAGGGACAGAAGCUAGCGUCAAAGUUGUCUGAGAGAGAAGCUGCCGCUAAGCGCAAACUGGAUGCUACCAAAGCCGAUCAUGACAAGAGGAUCGAGGGCCUUCAAGCCGUUCAGCAACUCAAUGUUCGGAAAGCUAGCGCAAUCGAAGCCAAUGUCGAGAGAGUCCAAGAAGCUAUGGAUGCAGUAAAUGGCCUAAUACAACAAGGAAUGGACUGGGAAGACAUUGGUAAACUCGUCGAUAGGGAACGUAAACGGGGUAACCCUGUAGCUUCCAUCAUCGUACCUCCUCUCAAGCUACACGAAAAUACUAUUACCAUACUUCUUGGUGAGGCCGAGGAAGAGGAAGAAGAGGAUGAGGAUUAUGGUGCAUCCGACACUGACUCGGUAAGUUCGGAUGAUAGUGGUUACGCUGGUACAGAGGCAUCUGCGCGAAAGGUCCAAGAAAGCCGGUUGACAGUUGAUAUCAACCUCGGUCUCUCUCCUUUCGCCAAUGCGAGAGAAUAUUACGGCGAAAAGAAGAAUGCUGCUGUGAAGGAGCAGAAAACAAUACUACAGUCAGAGACUGCGUUGAAAAGUGCGGAGCAAAAGAUUGCUGCAGAAUUGAAGAAAGGAUUGAAGCAGGAAAAACCAAUCCUACAACCUAUUCGAAAGCAGUUCUGGUUCGAGAAAUUCAUCUGGUUUAUCUCGUCCGACGGUUACCUUGUUCUCGGUGGCAAAGACGCCCAGCAAAACGAGAUGCUUUAUAGACGCUAUUUGAAAAAAGGCGACAUCUAUGUGCAUGCAGAUCUCCACGGCGCGCCAAGUGUAAUAAUAAAAAACAGCCCAAGCACACCUGAUGCUCCCAUACCACCCUCGACUCUGUCACAGGCUGGGACAUUGGCAGUUUGUGCCUCAUCCGCCUGGGACCAGAAGGCUGGUAUGGGUGCAUGGUGGGUGAAUGCGGAUCAAGUGUCAAAGUCGGCGCCAACCGGCGAAUUUCUUACUACUGGCAGUUUUAUGGUACGAGGGAAGAAGAAUUUCUUACCUCCUGCACAGCUGAUAUUGGGCCUGGGCUUGAUGUAUAAGAUCAGCGAAGAAAGCAAAGCUAGGCAUGUUAAGCAUCGUCUUUACGAUCUCCCUGAAAAUCUGCCGAACAAGCAAAGUUCAGACGCUACCAGUAGUAAAGCUGUGGCUGGCUCCUCGGAAGAACCGAGCGCGGAACAUGACGAGAGCGAUUCAGAAGACAGUGCUAUAGAUAUUCAAGAGGAGGCGGAGAGAAGAGAAAAUCCCCUCCAACCUUCAAACCAAAAUGACGACGAACAAGAGUCUCCGGAGCAGACUGAAGAAAGCCCACCUAUUCAAGGAAUGAGUAAUUUGACAGUCUCUGAGGUGCCCGAUGCUGCUCUUACGAUUGAUCGUCAGGAAGGCGAAGCUAGUGGUAGAGAGGGAGAUGAUCCAGUUGAGAUGGUAACUGAAGCUGAUUCUGCACCUUUGACGACGGGAGAUAGUUCGCCUCCCGAAACGUCUCGCAAGCCCACACCACAACCUCAAAAGAAAAACCAGCAGCCUAAGCGAGGCCAAAGGAGUAAAGCUAAGAAGGCCGCCAAAUACAAAGACCAGGAUGAAGAAGAUCGUGCUGCGAUUGAAGCCUUAAUAGGCGCAGCGGCGGGGAAGCAGAAGGCGGAGGCAGAAGCAAAAGCAAAAGCUGAACGCGAAGCCCAACGAGCGGCUGCGCUCGAACGACGCCGGGCACAGCACCAGCGCCAACAGCGAGAGACAGCUGAGCAUGAGGAAGUCCGCAAGAUGAUGCUCCAAGAGGGUAUUGAGACCCUUGAUGUCGAGGAGGCGGCUAACCUCACUCCUCUAGACGCGCUUGUCGGAACCCCGCUUCCUGGCGAUGAGAUUCUUGAGGUCAUUCCCGUGUGCGCACCAUAUAGCGCGCUCGGUCGCUGCAAGUACAAGGUCAAGAUGCAACCGGGCGCACAGAAAAAAGGAAAGGCUGUGAAAGAAAUACUGGAGGCGUGGAAAGCGGCUUCGACUAAAAAGGGUGUCGUUGACGAGAAGAGCGAAGACAAGGAGAAGAUGUGGCCCCGGGAGGUAGAGCUCUUCAAGGCUCUCAAACCUGAAGAGGUUGUAAAUAUUGUGCCUGUUGGGAAAGUGAGGGUCAUGCUUAGCGGAGGUGCUGGCGGGAGCGGAGGAGAUGCCAAGGGGAAAGGUGGAAAUAAGGGUGGUAACGCAAACCGCGGCAAGAAGCGAUAGGGACGCUAUCCUAUGGGUAAAUGAUGUA